CUGGAGAAUUUAGCUUUUCCAGUAAAAGACGCUCCUUUCAACUUCUUUUUCAAAACCUCCAGUGAAAGCAUCACUCCUGGCACAUCGAGGGGAUCUUGGUUCCUUAGAGGGUGAAUGGAUAGACUGAAAUCUGAGAAGAAUAGAUCGUGAUGAAACAUCAGUGAGUUCAUAACUGAGGACCGCAGCGAUUGGAAUGAAAAAGACAAUGGGUUGGAAUCUGGAAGAAUUAAACUCGAAUGUUACAACAGAGGACAGGAGUCUAUCCUUUUGGCUUGACCGUUUCUCUGCAGAUAACGCGAGGAACACAUUAGCCGAUCGAAUCUAUUGGAUUCUUCGGAUGAGUCAAUUUAUUUACUAUCCCAUCCUCGCUGUUAUUGGGGUUCCCGCAAACAUUGCGGCAAUGGUGAUCCUGUUGCGGGGCAAAUGUUGUCUCUCCAAGUGCAUUACUCAUUAUCUGGUGGCCAUGUCAGCAUCAGAUCUACAGGUCAUUAUUCUCAACGUAAUUUUGAGGCACAUCCCAAUUGUUUAUUCAGAAUACUUUUCUUUUGUGAAGUCCAUCCGGGUGUGCAACAUCCAUGCUGUCCUGCUUUAUGCAGCGACAGACUGCUCUGUCUGGUUCACUGUUGUUUUCACUUUUGACAGAUUUGUGGCGAUUUGUUGUCAGAAAUUGAAACGCACAUAUUGCGUGGAGAAAACAGGAGAGAUAGUACUUGGGAUUGUCACCGUGCUGAGCUGCUCAAAGAACAUCACCUGGUACUUCAUGUAUACAGACAUGUAUGGGCUGCAGAACCGCCCGUGGUUUUGUGUAUUAUCAUCUGAUGUUGGGAAAUCUUACAUGUGGGGAGCAAUUGAGUUUGCCCAUCACAUUCUAACUGCUGCAGUCCCAUUUAUAGUCAUCUUGCUUCUCAAUAUUGUCACUGUCAGACAUAUUUUGGUCAGCAGCAGAGUUCGCUGGAGUCUCUUGGCUCAGAGCACCAGAGUGAUUUCAAGAGAUCCCGAGAUGGCGAGACGGCGUAAAUCCAUAAUUUUACUGUUUGCCAUCUCAGCAAAUUUUAUUUUGUUAUGGUCAGUGUUCUUGGUACAUAGUAUAUGGCGCCGGAUGUGGCAAUUAGGUUAUCGGUCUCUAUGGAUAGAUCGGUCUGCACGGGAAGUGGGGUUCAUGCUUCAGCUCUUGAGUUGCUGCACAAAUACCUGCAUUUAUGCAGCAACACAGAAUAAAUUCAGAGAACAGUUGAAGCAUAUGUUCAAAUAUCCCUUCACUGUAAUUUGUCAGAUCAGUCAUAGAUGAGAACACCUCGAUCACGAGCAAUUUAUUGUGCCUUUUCCAUGAUUUUCAAUGUUCAAUCUCAGCAGUGCAAGGGCCUCCUUCAGAUGCUCAAGACAGAAAGAAGUCUCUAGCUAUGGACCAGGAUCCAGGAAGGGGCUUGCCACUAUGGUAUGAGAGUGUAUGAGAGUCUAGUCAUGAAGGGAUAUGAAUCCAGUCUGUGAGCUAGUAAGCAUGGAUGACUUGCUUGCACACGUCAUCAACUGAGGUCUGUGGGUGAGUCAGAGGUAGACUGAUCAACCAGUCACUUACAAUAGUGGGACAAUUAUGUGAGGGGGUAAAGGAGGCACAUGGGAUACUUACCUUCAUUAUCUGGGGCUUGCAUUUUAAGAGCAUUGAGGUUAUUCUGCAAACAGAUGAGGUGGAACUGAGAAUGGAUUUGAUUGAGAUGCAUAAAAUUCCUGCCACUGCAGGAAUCAGAUUGAGAAUCCAUCAUUGCACCAUCUUAAUUGCCAGGACAGCUUCCUCAAAUCAGCCCAGCACAUUAGGCAGCACAAUGGCUCAGCCGUUCGCACUGCUGUCUCAUACCACCAAAGUCCUCGGUUCAAUCACCACCUUGGGGAAAUUUUGCGUGCAAUCUGCACAUUCUCCCUGUGUCUGCAUGCAAUUUCUCCAUGACCUCUGGUUUCCUCCCACAGUUCACAAACAUGCAGGGAACGUAGAUUGGCUGUGCUAAAUUGCCCCGUAGUGUUGAGUGACAGGUGGGUUAGAUAUGUGAAAUCUGGGUGGGACGCUCUUUGGAGGAUCCGUGUGCACUUGUUGGGCUGAAUGGCCUGUUUCUACACCAUAGGGAAUUUAUGAAAUCUGCAUGAAACUACUGUGUGUGUGGUCUCAGCAAGGUCAUGACAAGGUAAUAGUGUAAAUGUGCCAUGAAAUCUUAACAAAGAACUGACAGAAAUAUAUCAUACAUUGGCAUGCAAAAGAAACGGUAGAAUAGAAAUUAAGUUCCUCAGUUCUUGAAGUCAAGGUUGAAUUCAGAAGGCUGUUCAGUGCCUCCUCAGAAAAGAAGAUGGUGUUCCUAGACUUACAUUAAAUCCGACUGAAACAUUACAGUUUGUCAAGGACAGAAAACACUCCCUUGACAAUAAAUUGGGGAAUUGAAAUGACAGCGCACAGACAGAGACAGGUAGAAAUAUGAAACUUCAGUGUUGUUGUGGGAAUGCUAUUGAAUCUCAUCUUGGGAUGAGGUUUGACAGCAUGGUGGCAAACAUGGCUCUCAACAUUAGCAAUUAACUAAAGAGAAAGAUGGUAUCAAUGGAACAGGAAUAUCUUUUGGAGCCAGGAUAAAAUCCCAUGGGCUCAGUUUUCCAAGAUUUCUGCUCUUCCAUAACAGCGAAGCUAAUGACUACAGAACGAGCCUCAAUGGAAGAGUUCCCAGAGCUGGUUCUGAGGUCAAACUGGCUGCCAUCAGUGUAGAUGUGCAUCUG